ACACACAAAAAAAAAAGUACUAAACUAUUAUAUGAGUCGUUAGAAUCUUAUAUUCUUGUUGGAUGUCAAUUUCUUACAUCACCCUCAUCUUAUUUAACACAAAAGUUUUCCAACUUUUUUGCUUUAAUUAAUUAUGAUUUGUCUACACUUAAUUAACACAAACACCAAAUCAAUAUUCAAUUAAAUCCCCAACAAACCCUGCAACUAUCUUGACCCACCAAUUUAACCCCUUUCCCCUUCAUUCUCAUGAAUCACUCUCUCAAGUGUUCCCCAAAUUUCAUUCACCCAGAUGAAUCUUUCUUCAUAAAGCUUAUUAGGGUUUCAUCCAGAUCUGUUUCUUAUUGAUGCACUCGCACCACUACAAACAUUAGCUAUGCAAGCAGGGAUGGAUAUGGAAAAGCUCUUGAAAUGUUUGACUAACAGCCUUUCUCGAUUCAUUCAUCUUGUCACGUUUGGUGCACCUACGAGCCUGCCAAGUCAGCAGGACUACAAAUACGUUGCUAAUUCGCUAAAGCUUUUUAAACGCGUACUUGACAACAUUGAUGAAUCCUGCAUACACUCGGAUGAAUCUCUGUGUAAGGAGUUUGAAGAACUUGAUGUUGUUGUAAACGAGGCCCGAGAGUUCAUCGAGAAUUGGAAUGUUCACAUGAGCAAAAUUUACGGGGUUGUGCAAAGCAGACAUCUUAUUUCAAAAAUUCAAACAUGUUCGGUCAAGAUUUGUGAAACCGUAUACGGGUCAUUGGAGUCUUCAUCAUCAACUACAUCUACUUCCACUUUAGUUGAUACUCAGCGUUUUGUGGAGGAAUUAAAGAAUUUAAAGUCGGAAACUGUAUCCGAGAAGUUGGAAGGAGCCCUAAAAUUCGUAAGAGAACAAAAGGUUCCUCCAUUAGAACUUAUAAUGGAAAUCAUAGAAUUGCUUCGGUUAUCAUCAACUCAUGAACUGCUAAAAGAAAUCGUCGCUGUUGAAAAGGAGAAUAUCAAGGUUAACCAACCGAAUGAUAUUAAUUAUAUCUCCGAUCUCGUUUUUCAUAUAAGGGAAACCAUGGUUAAUCUUGAAAGCUUUAAAACUAUUAACGGUGUUUCGGUCCCUCCAUAUUUCAUCUGCCCAUUGACCCUGCAGCUCAUGUUUGACCCGGUGAUCGUGUCAACGGGUCAAACGUAUGAACGGGAUUCGAUCCAGAAAUGGCUUAAUAAUGGACUUUUGAGAUGCCCGGUAACCCGUCAAACACUUUCACACAGGAACCUGAUCCCGAAUUACACGGUCAAAGCUUUGAUAUCAAAUUGGUGUGAUGAAAACAAUAUAAAAGUCAACCGUACCGUUGACCAUCCUGAUAACUGUGAUAAGUCAUCAUCAGAAGAUCAAGUAGUUAGCAAUUUGACAAUUGAAAACGGGUUUGACCGACUGAGCUUUCAAAAGUCAAACCAUCGGUCAACCGAAGAGUCAUGUAGUCAUAGCAGGAGUGAAUCAACUUCAACGGCCGUUUCCAGUUCUGAACAUUUAUGUGAAAUGUCUGGAGAAACAGCUUCCGAUACCGGGGUUUCACCGCACAGUUACCCGAUAACUGUUUCCCCGCUACCCGAUUCUUCACGAAAUGACACGACAACAUUUUCGUAUGUGAAACAACUUGUUAGCGAUCUCAAAUCUCCGUCAAACGAAACCCAAACGAAAGCCGCUGAAGAAAUACGGUAUCUUGCCAAAAACAAUAUGGAAAACCGAAUCUUGAUCGGACAAUCCGGAGCCAUUCAACCUCUUGUUUCGUUAUUACAUUCCAAUCAAAAGCUUACGCAAGAACACGCGGUCACCGCUCUUUUAAACUUGUCGAUAAAUGGAAACAUAAAGUCAAUGAUUGCCGAAUCGGGUGCUGUCGAACCGUUAAUCCAUGUUUUAGAAACGGGAAAUACGUGUGCUAAAGAAAACGCAGCAGCAGCGCUAUUUAGUCUCUCGUUAUUAGAAGAAUACCGGGUCAAAAUCGGUCAAUCUGGUGCGGUCAAACCAUUGGUUGACCUUUUAGGAUCCGGCACCUUAAGAGGGAAAAAGGAUGCAGCUACCGCAUUGUUUAAUUUAUCGAUUUUUCACGAGAAUAAAGCGCGGAUAAUACAAGCAGGGGCGGUUAGGUAUCUUGUGGAGUUAAUGGAUCCCGAAACGCAAAUGGUUGAUAAAGCGGUUGCUUUGCUUUCGAAUCUGGCUAGUGUACCCGAGGGCUGUCUGGUAAUUGCGCGAGAAGGAGGGAUACCGUUGUUGGUUGAGGUUGUUGAAACGGGUUCUCAAAGGGGUAAAGAGAAUGCGGCUUCUAUACUUUUACAGCUUUGUCUGAAUAGUCCAAAAUAUUGUCGGUUGGUUCUUCAAGAAGGUGCGGUCCCGCCUCUCGUUGCUUUGUCCCAAUCUGGAACAUCACGGGCCAAAGAGAAGGCACAACAACUUCUGAGUCAUUUUCGCAGUCAGCGUGAAAAUGCUUCCGGAAGAGGGAAAUCUUGAGAAACAAAAAACGUUUACACUCCUGAGUGUUUCUUGAAUAUGAUAUCUGUAAAGUAUGAAGAUUUGGUAUCGAAAGAUUUCAACGGAGGUGGUGGAGACAUGAAAGUGAAAGGUAAAGGUCGGUUUCGGGCUUGUUGGUUCGAAAGAGUGAUUUUUUAUUUAUUAUUUUUGUUUUGUGGAUUCUUGUAUUGUUUAUUCGUAGCUUGUAAAAAGGAACGAAGAAAAACGAAUCUAUGAUUUGAAUUGAAUGAUUCGGUUCACGGAGAGCAAUGCUCUGUUUUUGUG